CUUUUGCUUUGGAUAAGUCUGUACCAAAAGUAAACACAACAUUGAGCUUACAAACUGCAAAUAGUUUUCAUUAAACAUUCCAAAGUUUCUAAACUCCUUCAAAAUUUAAGUCGGAACAAAAAUAAUGGCAAACUUUAAAAGACAAAACUAUAAACCAAUAAAUGAGAUUUAUCCAACACAUGAUUCGUUGACAUCAAAAUACUUCCCUACCCCAUUCUGGAAGCAAUUUUUUGAUAUAGAAUGUGACUUGAAUAACGAACUGAAAACACUUAAAUUCAAUAACAUUACCCACGUUUAUAAUCCAAUAGAAUAUGCAUUUGAUUUACAUUGUCAGUAUUUGAAGAAAUUCCUCGGUGGUCAUAAGAAAUUAAUGCUAAUUGGAAUGAAUCCUGGACCAAAUGGCAUGGCACAGACUGGGAUUCCUUUUGGUAACAUAAACACUGUUAAGAACUCAAUGCAUAUUGAAGGUUAUAUUGAACAACCACCGUUGGUACAUCCGAAGCGACCAGUCAAAGGCCUAGCGACCAGCAUUGAAGAACCGAGUGGUGUUCGUAUUUGGACUCUGAUUGAAAAAUUAGCUGGAAGCAUAGAUAUUUUUAGUCAGCAAUGUUUUAUGCAUAACUUUUGUCCGCUGGCUUUCUUUGAUUCCCAAGGAAAAAAUAUUACACCCGGAGAAUUGAAGGGUGACGCAAAAGCAGCCGUUCGUGAUAUUUGUCUUAAGUACUUGGAAAAGGAAUUACUAUUAGUCCAACCGGAAAUAGUAGUAGCAAUUGGAACCUAUGUGGGUGAUUGUAUGAAGAGACUAGCAAAACAGUCAAACUACGUUGGAUGUAAUGUCAACAUUUUACAAUUAGCUCACCCUAGCCCUCGCAGUUUGAACAACACCAAUUGGCCAGAUAAGGCCACCAAUUUUUUUGAAAGUAACGAUCUUUUAAAGUAUCUCAAAAACGAAAACUAA